CCUCCUGUAGAAUCGUGCGUGCUGAAGGUUGAAGUGAAUUACGGAAUAAUCCACCCCCGCCGUAGUGAUUAUUAUUGGUUGUGCAUGGCAAUUUGCCCGCUCCCCCUCGAUAGGGUGCGCGUUACCGUGAAGGCCCGAGACGAUCGGUGCCCGUCAAACAAAGGUUUUCGUUCGCGUCUGCGUCAUUUUGUGUAGUGUUCGCAUAAGUUUUCUAUGUUUUCCAUCGUACCGUAGACGACGUCGCUGGGCUGGGACGUGCCACUUUUGCGCUGCACAAGAGAUGUGCAAAAAUCACCCGUGCAGCGUGUUUGGGUGGGUGCUGUGAGGAAGAAGAUGACAACCACGGCCAUCGUCGAAACGUCCGCGGGGCACACGUUGGGAAACAACAGAUCGAUUCCCGCAGGAAGUGUCACUAGUGAGGAAAAGUCCCUGUCAUGGUUUCCCCAUUAAGGAUGUAAAUUUGUGCUGCAACUGUUUGUGCUUGUGUACGGAAGCGUAUUCUGUCUGAAGUCUGUUUUUUUCUUCUGUGCGUGAAACGAAAACGAAACAACCUUAUUCGUUGGGUAUCAUCCCCUCUACCCUAUCAAAUGUACGUUCAGUGAAUCAGUCACCAAUCUAUCGCUGUGGGUUUAUACUCGUGACGAAACAAGGGAGUUAAAGUCCAGCAGGCGGAGGGAGGUCAAACGCAAACUCAAGAUGGAAAACGACACGGGCGAGCCGUCGGAAGUCGUGUACGGCACGCACGAAGAUUCCGCAAUGGUGAUGUCAGAGAAGGUACAAUCACUGGCCGGAAGUAUUUAUCAAGAGUUCGAGCGUAUGAUUCAGCGCUACGAUGAGGAUGUGGUGAAAACGCUUAUGCCUCUGCUGGUAAACGUACUCGAAUGUCUCGAUUCCGCGUACCAAACGAACCAGGAGCAGGAUGUGGAGCUGGAGCUGCUGCGCGAGGACAACGAGCAGCUGGUGACGCAGUACGAGCGGGAGAAAAAUGCACGCAAGCAGGCCGAACAGAAGCUGCUCGAGACGGAAGAUUUGGCCGAGCAGGAGAACAAGGAGCUCGCCAGCCGGCUCGAGUCGCUCGAGAGCAUCGUGCGGAUGCUGGAGCUGAAGCACAAAAACAGCAUGGACCACGCGAGCCGGCUCGAGGAGCGCGAAUCGGAGCUGAAGAAAGAGUACAGCAAACUGCACGAGCGCUACACGGAGCUGUUCAAGACGCACGUCGACUACAUGGAGCGGACGAAGCUGAUGAUGGGCAAUUCAACCCACUCGCAGGCCGGUUCCGCGUCCGAGCGGCUCGAUGUGUCCCGGUCGCGCCUGAUGCCCAUGAUGCGCUCGACCGGCCCCGUCUCGUAUGGGUUCGCUUCGCUGGAAAACUCCACCAUGCUCGACACGGAAACGCUCUGCAGCGAGGAGGACAGUGGACCCGACUCGGGACCACCCUCGUUGCAGAACGAAAUCGAAACGAAGGCGACCGAGAAGGUGGAAGAGGUCGAUUCGGCGAAAACACCGGCGGAAGCAACGAGUGCCGGUGCGGUCAAGACGCUCCAAAGUCCCACCAGCGGUGGGGCGGUGUCUGGAAAGACGACGACAAAGAAGGAGCAGCGAUCGGCGAACAUGCUUUAUCAAGAGCUGUCGUUCCAGGAUGAUAAUUUGGAGAGUGAAGAAAACGAAAUUACCGGAGCCUGGGUGCAUCCGGGCGACUAUGCCUCAUCAGCUAAUGAUAACUUUUUCGGUAUGGGUAAGGAAGUGGAGAAUUUGAUCAUGGAAAACAACGAGCUGUUGGCUACGAAGAACGCGCUCAAUAUCGUAAAGGACGAUCUAAUCGUAAAAGUCGACGAGCUGACGGGUGAGAUCGAAAUUCUGCGCGAAGAGCUGAACGCCGUCAUUCUGGCACGCAACAAGCUGAAAGCGAAGGUUACCGAGUUGGAGGAAGAGUUGAAGAAGACCAAGGCGCAGGUGAAGCAAGCGUCCUCGUCCACCACCGACCAGGAGGAGGAGGGUGACGUACCGAUGGCGCAGCGGAAGCGUUUCACGCGCGUCGAAAUGGCGCGCGUAUUGAUGGAGCGCAACCAGUACAAGGAACGCUUCAUGGAGUUGCAGGACGCCGUCCGCUGGACGGAGAUGAUGCGUGCGUCGCGUGUCGAAACGCUGGACAAGAAGUCGAAGCAAGGCAUUUGGAAGUUUUUUAGUAAUCUCUUUAGCUCCAACGACAGGCCGUCGAGUGAGUCCCCCGGGCGCCUUCAUCAGCGGUACGGCGGUGUGAGUGCACAGGCACCCCACCAGCCCGGCUCGCUGUUGCCUGCCAUGCCCGAGGGACGGAUGCUUAUUGGCGCAGGCAGUAGUAGUAGCGGGGGAGUAGGCAUAGCGGGUGCCCUCUCGGGUGCAGGCUCUUCGACGGCGCUCAUGCGCAGUGGCCACCCGGGCAACAUACUGGUUCUCUCGAAGGAACCCGAGCUGACGCAGUCGGAGAGGGCGAUGCAGCGGCGGCGGGACCAGUACCGGCAGGUACGGGCUCACGUUCAGAAGGAGGACGGCCGGCUGCAAGCGUACGGUUGGAGUUUACCUAGUCUCAAGCCCUCGAGUGGAUCCGGGGCAAACGGUGGCAUCGGUGGAGGAGCCGGCGGUGGUGGCGGUCGUCCGACCGGCAGUGGUGUCCCGGUACCGGUUCCAGUGUACUGUCGCCCGCUAGCGGAAGCAAGUCCACACAUGAAGGUCUGGUGUGCCAGUGGGGUGAAUCUGCAGGGUGGCUACAUGAAGGAUGGCGGUUGUAUCGUUGGCGCGGCCAGCAUAUUCUACUCCAAGGAACCGGUCGGUGGAGCUGUCGGGGCACAGAUUACCGAGCUCACGGGAGACGAGGCGGCGGCGGACCCGAAAGAUCUGGGAGAAAUCUUGGAACGGAAGCUGUUAGCUCUCGGCGGCCCAGCCUCGAUGCUCGAUGCCGAUAGCGAACUUAGCUCGUACGUAUGGAUAUGCACGAGCACGCAUUCGGCCAGCACCGUCACGGUGAUUGACGCGAAGAAUCCAUCGGAAGUGCUGGACUCGUUCCCCGUUUGCCAGAACCAUCUGCUAUGCAUAUGUACGGUACGUGGUGCCCUCGAGAUGGACUACGCGAUGCUGGAAAACAGUGAAGUUACUAAAUCAGGUCAUAGUCUUGAGAAGCCUGGUGAAUCUCCGGACGAUAUCGGUAAGGUUUCGUUCGAAAAGGUUAUACGACAACCGGUAGAGACGGCCGCCGUGGACGACCCGAAAGCUACCGAGCAGGCCCAGGAAGUGGUUCCACCGCCCGAUCCAGUUCCCGAGCAGGCAACCGAAGUCAACAAUGAUCGUGAUCUUAACCAUAAUAAUAAGGCUUGCAACGCCGUUGUAGAGGAUAUCAAAGUAGACACAAAGGACAUUACCAUUACACUUGGUGGCGUAGUUGACGGGAAUGAUAAUACUAUCGCCGGGACGACAUCACCCAACAAACCGUUACCACACCAGCAGUCGGCCGCGAUCGAAGAAUCGAUAUCAUCGAUCGGGCCAACAAUGUGGCUUGGCGCGCAGAACGGUAUGCUGUAUGUACACAGUUCCGUCGCGCGAUGGAACCUCUGUUUGCACAAGGUAAAGCUACCGGACUCGGUGCUCUCGAUCGUGCACGUCGAGUCGCGUGUUAUCGUAGCGCUCGCAAACGGUACGGUCGCCGUGUUCCGGCGGCAGGUAAACGGCGAGUGGGAUCUGAACAGCUAUCACCUUCUGACGCUCGGCUCACCAAAAUACUCCGUGCGGUGCCUGACGAUCGUUGGGGACAAGGUAUGGGCGGCUCAUCGAAACAAAAUCCACGUCAUCGAUCCCAUCACGCUGUGUAUUCUGAAGUCGUUCGAGGCGCACCCGAGAAAGGAAAGUCAAAUCCGACAGAUGGCCACCACCGGACUGGGUGUCUGGGUUUCCAUAAGACUGGAUUCUACCUUAAGACUGUUUUCGGCGGAAACGUACGAUCACCUGGAAGACAUCGACAUCGAUCCGUACGUAUCGAAAAUGCUGGGAACGGGCAAGUUAGGCUUCUCAUUUGUGCGCAUUACCGCCCUGCUGGUAUCGUGCAAUCGGUUGUGGAUAGGAACUGGAAACGGAGUUGUGAUUUCAGUACCGCUGACCGAUGCUAGCGGAGCUUCCAAUACACCGUACUCACCGCGCUUCGCUAAUGCUCAACUUUCUUUCCACGGGCACCGGGACGCGGUGAAGUUCUUCGUCUCCGUACCGAUGAAUCCACCCAACCACGGGCUCCCGACGACGUCGAAGGAUAUGCUGGUUAUAUCCGGUGGUGAGGGCUACAUCGAUUUUCGGUUAGGUGACGGAGACAUGGAGGCGAGUGUCGAACUAGAACCGAACCAAACGAUAGAAAAUCGCAAUGAAAAGAGCUACAUUAUCGUAUGGAAAGUCAGCAACCGCUAAGACGGACAAUACUUUGAUACUUGGAUGGGGGUAAGGUGUGACAUACGUUGGCUCAAACCAUAAGGACCUUACAGAAGACGAUGCUGAAUGGAAGGAGGCAUCUGUUAAGUGUUCAAGGUGGAAUGAUGAACUCAACAACAUGCUAUCUUUUACUAGGUCUUUUACACAAAGCAUACACAAGAACAACCAGAACAUAUUUGAUAAAAACUAACACAGCUAGAUACAAGUAAAUCACGCAAGAAAAAAAUAUUAGGAGAUGAGGUGAAGGUGUUUGAAAAAAGAGGUAAAAAGUGUUUGAGAGUGAAGUUUAAACUAUUGUAUCCCAGUUUAGUGCCGUUGCUCUUUUUAACGCGUUGUGUAGCGUCCGUUCAGUUGCAUAGAAUAAUACUAAACCGCGAACAGAGUGCUAAUAGCGCAUUGAGGGGUAAAGCGUAGUUCUGAUAUGAACACAUUUUUAUCACAAAACUUAGCGUACACCUUUCCCAUCACUCAUUCUCAGUUGGUCGGUUCUCUGUUGGUUACUGAAGGAAGUGUUGCUUGCCAAAAUAAAGCAAAUCCUUUUGUAAAGGCUUAACCAAUGGGUAUAAUAGAAAUAACAGUUAGGAAACUAUAGGACCUUAAAACAUGAUACCUACCAACAUCCCCGUAUCCGCCAAAGAAUAAGUUUAGUACAGUGAGUUGAUUUUCUACUUGACCCCAAAAAUAUCUAGGCAGUUUAAAAAGCAUACAAAAAACAUCAAACCCGUGGUAUAUACUAAUAUGAUUACAUUAAUGAUGGUUACGCUUGGAUUAUCUUACUCAUAUGCUACCCUAGUAAUGCACUAGGUGGACAAGCUGUCCUAAGGUGGACAUUAAGCCAGGAGAAGAAGUAGCUAAAGACACGAUAAUUACAGUUAUGCUGAAGCAAACAAAACAAAAGUUUAACUUUAGUAGCUACUAUUUUCGUUUUCGUACGAGUUUUUAUUGUUUUUAAUUUUGUAAAUAUUCUCUUGCGUUACACAAAUUUAGUGUGUAGGAUCAGUUUAGUUAAUUUUUUAACCUGUGUAUGUUUAGUCAUUUUAUUAUAUAUUUUUAAACUUGUUUUACUAGUUUUCGUUCGAGUAAACAAAAAAGGGUUUUUGCUGUGCUGCUACAAAAAAAUUGACAACAAAUUUACUAACACCAGUUGCAGGAACAAAUGUCGGUUAGAAAGGCAGUAAAAAGGCAGAUACUUUUAAUGCAGUGUGUAUGGUUUAUAACAGUAAAUUUUAAAUUUUAGUUAUUUACUUCAUGUUCUGUUCGGAGGUUACUUUAAAUCGUUCGAUUUACUGAAUCCCUGUGUAUGCAUUUUGCAUACGAUUUGUACAUUUUGCUUUUGAAAGAGAAAGAUUCGGUUAACGUACAACUUCCAAGGCAAAAGCUUGCGAUAACUAGCAUGAUGUAAAAACUAUUUGAAGAAAACAGCAAAUAUAAGUAAUCAAUGCAUAAUUCGUUGUCUUUAAGAAGGUAAUAGGUGGAUGAAUUGAAAGAAAUGAUUCAUGUAUUUAACCAUUACAGGCCUCUUUUAUCUUCGCAGGAUUCGUCAAAUAAGGAGACAUAAAACAAGGCGUUGCAGUGGAAAAUAAGAAGCGACAGGCAGUUGCGCAGGAAAUCCUCCAUCGAGCGGUACACGUGCUCGAUCACGCCGGUGAGAUCGUGCCCUUCGUCGGCGUAGCUCUGCGAAAUAAAAUGGUGGGGAAAGAAGCAGAAAGUUACCCCAAAGAUGAUCAGUAUCAGCGCGAU